AGCCGGGCCCGGUCCAACCCCUCCGAAACCUCCGCACCCACCAUGUCGUCCAAGCAAGCCAAAAAGAAGGAGAUUCACCGCAUCAACUCGGCCCAUAAUAAAGAAAACUUCUCCCUGGGAAAUAUACAAGGUGGUCUGAGUGAAUCAAGGAAAGGGAAAUUUCCAAUUUGGCCAGAAUGGAAUGAAGCAGAUAUAAAUGCAGAAAAAUGGGAUGGAGGAAAAGGAGUAAAAGAGAAAGAAAAAGCUGGUAAAAGCCCUAUUAUACAUUUUUUUGAUGACCCUGAAGGGAAAAUUGAAUUACCACCAUCACUAAAGGUUUUUUCAUGGAAACGUCCACAGGAAUUCUUAACUAAGGUUCCUGUAGUAGUGAAAAAUGAAAAUAGAUUCAACCUGUUUUCAGCAAAUGAGCAUUUAAUCUGCAGUGAGCUGAUGAGAUGGAUUAUAAGUGAAAUCUGUGCAGUAUGGAAAAUAUACAAUGGAAAUGUUUUAAAUAGUGAUUUUAAAGUCAAUGGACUAGAUCUACCUCCUCUCUUCUGGAAGCCCUGGGAACACAUAUAUGCUCUGUGCAAGGCAGUGAAGGGACACAUGCCUCUUUUCAAUGUGUAUGGAAAAUACGUGGUGAAACUCUACUGGAUGGGUUGCUGGAGGAAGAUAACUGUUGAUGACACCCUGCCUUUUGAUGAGGAGAACAAUUUAUUACUUCCAGCUACCACGUGUGAAAUUGAACUUUGGCCAAUGAUAUUAACCAAGGCUAUUAUUAAGCUGGCAAACACUGAUAUUCAUGUAACUGGAAAAAGGGAAGUGACAGAGUUCACAGUACUCCAUGCCCUUACUGGUUGGUUACCAGAAGUCAUUCCGCUCCGGCAAGGAUAUUUGGACAAAGUUUGGAAUUUCUUAAAAGACAAACUGCCUGAGUUUAAGCUUCCAGAAGACAUCACCUCUGAGAACAAGAUGACAGUGCCAGAUGCAAAAGCUAAAGAUGCCAAACAUGAAGUUAAGUCUGAAAACAUAUUGAUGAACAAAGUCCCUGAGAAGAUGGACAAAUCUGGGAAAGAGAAGUUAGAUAUAAAAGAACUUGGAAAGAAGAAGAGUAAAGAUGGUGAAAAGGAAAAAUUCAAGUUAUCAAUUCAUGGUUCACGACCCUCAUCAGAUGUUCAGUAUUCUCUUCAGUCUAUUUCUGAAUGUAGCUCAUCCUUGCCAGGCUUUCCAUUGCCACACAUACCACAAACUGUGAUAUAUGCUGUCUACAUACCGCUUCAUUUGUUUGAAAAGAUCUUUACCUUGGGGCAGAUGGCAGAUUCUGCUGAGAAGCUUAGGGAAUAUGGACUUUCCCAUAUAUUUAGCCAUCCUGUGCUGGUGACUAGAACUAGAUCCUGUCCAAUUAUAGCACCACCGAAACCUCAACCUGUGCCUCCGUGGAAGUUAAUCCGCCCUAAAAAAGAGACUGUUGUGACAGAUGAAGCCCAAGAACAAAUAAUAAAGAAACCUGAUCAGUUUGUUGAAAUUUCCAGCCCAUUUUUGAAUUUUAGGAUUCAUUCUAUUCCAAUCCCAUCAAAAACCUGUUUCCAAAAAUCCAUUAUUAAGAAGGGGCUUCUUCCCCUGUCUCAUUUGCCUUCCGUGACUGAAAGUGAUGAAAGUAUAAUGGACAAUCUUGUAGAUCUGAACCAGAUUGGGAAGAUUUUGAGUGGACAAAAUGGUUCUCAGGCCUAUCUUACUCCACAAGAUGGAUUUGCUAAAGAAGAGUUUACUGAAAAUGUAAAUAAUGACCUGCUUCAGUUGUCAGAAACAACUGAUUUUUACUUGCAACCAACACCAAUCAAGGAAAAAUCUCAGGAAGAAAUUGAAUUAGAAAAUAUUCCUGUUUCCAAGGAAAUCUGGUUGGACUAUGAAGACUUCUGCACAUGUUUUCAGAAUCUCUAUGUUUUCCACAAGCCAAAUUCAUACUACUAUUCCCUUCAGAAAGCUGACUUUAAAUCCACAGAUGAUCGAGUAUUCUACUACCUCUUUGUGGAUAGCCUUAAACCUAUUGAAAUUCUGGUUAGCUUCUCUGCAUUGGUACGUUGGGGAGAUGCUGGAGCCUCAUCAAAAGAAAGUUUGGGUUUGGAAGCAGGCAUGCUUAUAGCUGAAAAAUUUUCAUGGAAAUCUCUUGCUCCGGGGGACCUGGUCCUGAAGAUACACACAAAUGCUGCCAAAGCCUCAAUAAUACACCUUCCCAUUGGGCGACACGCAUUACUCUUCACUGCAAGUGCCUCUGUGGGACAUCAUAUUCACCUAUGUAGUAUGGUACCCUUUGCUUUUGGUGAAGAAGAUAGUAUUAUGCCACAUUUUGAGAAGGAAAGCCACCAAUUUAUAGAACAGGCGAUUGCGAUCCUCAAAGCUGUUGGAAAUGUGAUAAAUAAUUUCCACAAGAAUGGUAAACUUUCUGAAAUGCUGAAAAAUCUGGAAUUAACUCAUUGUCCUAUACACCUGCAGAAUAAGGAAUUAACUGUCCAACACUACAAGAUUUUCAACAUUUGUUUGUGGCAUUUAAUGAAAAAAGUGUUUGGAAGCAAAGCACCUCCCAAUUUCAAGUUUGCAUUCAGAACCCUUACCCUGGACCUCAAUGCUACUGAGACCAGUUUUGAAGAUGAUGCAUCAUUGGAGUGGGCGGAUACUAAAUGUCUUUCAACUUGGAAUGACAAAAUUGCCUCUUUAGAAGAAAAAGCAGCAGUUAAAUUGCAAGCAUGUUGGAGAGGGAGUUAUAUUAGAAAACUAAUGAGAGCCAGAAAACCAGAUACAAAGGAAAAUGCUAUUGUUACAGACACACUGCAAAAACUGUGGUUUCUGAUGGAUCUCAACUUAGAAGUGCAUGCAGUUUCUCUCUUGAGAAUGAUGUUUAAAACCAAUUGCAAGUCGUUUGAACAGUACCCAUGUUACCAGGAUGAAAUAACUAAGACAUCAUUUGCGGACUACACCGGCACCUAUCCUGAACAGGCACCAAAUUCUUGGUUUGUGGUUUUCAGGGAAACAUUUCAUGUGGCCCACAGCAUGCUUGUGGUACCUAAAGUAUACACUACUCUUCCUGCCUGUAUGCUUCAUGUGGUGAAUAAUGAUACAAUGGAGGAAGUUCCAAGAGUGUUUCAAAAAGUAGUUCCUCAUGUUUAUACCAGGAAUAAGAAAGGAUACACAUUUAUGGCAGAAGCCCAUACCGGUGAUUUAUAUGUGGCUGCUGGGAAGUGGAAACUCCGUCUCAUUGGCUCAUACUCUCCACUGCCACAUCUUUCUCGAGAGACUGUAAACAAUUCCUUUGUAAUUAAGGAAAUUCAGGACUAUUAUAUUCCAAAUGAAAAGCAAAUCCUGUUUCGGUACUCAGUGAAAGUCACUGCAGCGAAUGCUGCUACGGUGCAGGUUUACACUUCUAAGCCGGAUGUAUUCAUCAAGCUACAGGUUCUGGUAAAUGAAGAAGAGGUUGCAAGCACUGUUGGAAAAGGUCAUGCUGUCAUCCCUAUGUUUAAUUUUAGCUCUAACGAAAAGGUUCUAAGCUGCCAGUCAAGCAAACAACAGUUUCUUGGUCAUAGUAACUUAAAGAAGGAGCAAGAUACACUGAGUAUUAAGAAAAAACCAGUUGGGACUCAGAGAACAAGCAAGAUGCUAUCUAGACCUGGAAGUGUUGUGGAAUCUCAUUCUGCUCUGGAAGAAGAUGGCAUCAUCCUUCCAACUUUAGAUGAAAACACAACAGUUCGACCUCCGAUUUACAAGUACAUUAUACAAACUUUGGUGUUGAAUAACAGUUGGCCACUCACUGAAAGUCAGUUGACAUUUGUUCAAGCAUUGAAAGAUUUGGAUAAAAGUGAAAUGCGAGUACCCGCAGAGAAGCAUGAGGAUAGCACCAUGUCGGGAAUAGUGGAUUUCCCCAGCAUCACUGAGGGACCAAAAUCUGCAGGCAGUUCCAAAACAACUCGCAAAACCAAAGACAAAGCCUCUGAAAAGGUUGAUAAAGAAAAGACACUUAAAGAAAAAACGGUAUCCAGACCUGAUUCUCAGAUCCAACAACGUGAUCCCAACAAAGCUCACUGGAUUUUACGCCUUGUCAGUGAACAGAAUGAGGCAGACACACUGGAAGUGAAGAAAGAUACUGAGAGAGCAGAUGAAAUCAGAGCCAUGAAACAAGCAUGGGAGUCCGCUGAACCAGGAAGGUCUGUCAAGGCCCAGCAGUCACGCAGACAGUUCAUUAAUCUCUGCUCCAAGGAUACAGCUGCAGAGUCUACCGUGGAGACUCAGUCUUUGGGUGCAACCACUGGAUCGAGGGAAAGAGUUGUGUCUUCUACUGCGAUCGCGCUUAAACCUCCAACCCCAAAAGCAAUUGAUACUCAUCGGAAAGAGUGGAAACCUCUGGACCUCACUCCAUAUAUUAGGCAAACAACCUCCAAGCCCGUCCUCCGGACUGAAUCUUUAAUCCAGCAGCAAGCAAUGCAAAAAGCAGAAGAAAUCCGACAGUUUCGCCAAUAUCGAGACAAGGUCCUUGAGCAAAGGGAAUAUGAGCAGGCAGCCCGCAAUCAAUUAAAGGAAAACGUCCUGGAAAUGUACGAGGAUCUGCAGGAAUCCCUUGAUGAAGCCCGAGCAAGGGUUUUCACUGCUCGAGAGUCUUACAGAAGUAAGCUUCUUGAAGCUGAGCUCAAAAAACAAGAAGUACUGGCAGCUGAAGAAGCAGCACUUCAAGCAGAGCAGGAGAGGAAGAGCCCAGAUGCUCAGAGAAAAAAGCAAGGAAAAGGCUCAGGAAAGAAAAAGUAACUCUGUCAAUGCAACCAUUGUCCUUACUCGGAAGAGGAUAGGGUAACAAUUUUUUGGCAUUUUUAUUAUUAUUAGGUUGAGAAAAUAGAAAGCACAAUUGUUUUUGUAAGAGUGCAUAAUCUGCCUGGAUUUUCUUCUCUUAGCAUUUGCAUUUUUGUGGUUUGGGGAUUUUUAAAUGUAGUGUUCAUAAUCAUUUUAACUCUAAUGUUAUAAGUAACAUAAUUGUAUGUGGCAGAAAUUGGGCUCUUAACAGUCAUCCUGCCUUAUUUCUUUCUCACUGUAAGCCAAAGUUGGGAACAUGUAACUUUGAAAGCUGUCAACAACUGUUUGUGCAACAAGGUAAAUUUUAAAGUUGGUGAAAGUUUACAAUUUUUUAAAGAGAUUUAGGAAUAUUCAAGAAAUAAUAUUCAAUUUUAUGGAAAUUUCUCUAAAAAUUCAAUUAAAUAUU